GUCGUUACGAAGCUCACCAGGCGCAGCACAAUCUCACCAUCGCCGCCUCAUCACCGCUCAUCCCCGCCAUUCCUCAUCGUAUCUCGUCAUGGCUCCGAAAGUAACAUCAGCCGCUGCCGCAACCUCCGCAAAAAGCGCGGGCAAGCGCAAGGCACCCGCCGUCGAGAAGGCCACUGCAACCUCGGCUAGCAAGAAGCAGAAGGAGCAGUCGGAAGCACCCCUCAAGAGCAUCUCCAAGAAGGACGCUCCAGCUGCUAAGUCUUCCAAGGCAUCACCCGUUGCCAAGGCUGCCCAAUCUUUGUCUCCCGCUGCUCGCAAGGGCAAGGGCAAGGCCGUGCCCACCCCUGCAAAGUCACCUCUGACAUCUAGCAAGCCCAUUGAAGAGGACAGCGAAGUAGACGAGGAGGGUGAGAGCAUCGACUCGGAGGAGGAGGCAGAGAUGCUCAAGGGCCUGUCCAGUGACGAAGAGCAAGAGGAAGAUGGAGCAGACUCAUCAGAUGAAGACGACGAGGGCGACUCGUCCGACGAAGACGACACAUCAGCUCUCAAGCGCCACUCCGACAUCAUCACAAAGAGUCUGCCCUCUUCCAAGGACGACGCGGCCGUACAGAGGCGACUGGAGAAAGUCUCCAAGCAGCGUCAGUCUCAGCCUUCUCAGACCAUCAACGCAGCCGUACUUUACGUCGGACAUCUGCCCAAGCACUUCACAGAGCAGCCGCUGCGCCAGUACUUCUCCCAAUUCGGUACCAUCAGCCGCCUGAGGCUCUCGAGGAACAAGAAGACGGGCGCGUCCAAGCACUAUGCCUUUGUAGAGUUUGCAGACGAAGAGGUGGGCAGGAUUGUGCAGGAGACCAUGGACAAUUACCUCAUCCUCGGACAGCUCUUGAAAGUCAAGAUCCUGGACAAGUCAGAGAUUCACCCGAAGCUUUGGAUCGGCGCAAACAGGACAUUCAGAAAAGUUCCUGGAGACCGGAGAGCAAGGGUACAGCACGAUGGACCAAAGACAGCAGAACAAAAGGAAAAGGUCCAAGCUCAGCUCCUCUCCCGUCAAGAGAAGAAGCGGAAAGCUCUCAAGGAGGCUGGCAUCGACUAUGACUUCGAAGGCUACAAGAAGGCAGUCGUCGCAUGAGUGGCAGAUCCACAUUGUAGAUUAGAAAUGGUACAUGCGUAGGAUGAGACCAUUGUAAAGUGGCGCGGCACGAGUCGAUGAUAUGAUGAUGCGUAAUGUACAUUGUUCGUCUGAUGAAGUC